CGACGCAAAAAGAGUCAGUCGUCACGUCACGCGGUUCCGCAGAUGCAUCGUCAGUUCGCCGCGAAAUACGCGCGCACAACGCUUUAGUGUGUCAAAACUUGUUUUGCAGCGAGCUUGCAGAGGUGGGGUCACGGAACAUUUUUACUUGAUGUUUAUUGCUCUGAUAAGAAUAACGAAAGAGUACCAAAAUGCGCAUUGUGUUCGUGAAAUUCCGUGAAAUCACGCAAAAAUAUCCGAUCGUUCGUGGUAUGGUGUCCUACGCGGCCAUAUGGCCAGCUGGUUGUCUGCUGCAACAAAAGAUCACUGGGAAAAAGGAGUUUGAUUAUGGAGAGGCAGUGCGAUUUAGUUUGUACGGUAGUCUUUAUGUAGCACCUACGUUAUACUGUUGGAUCAGAUUUGCGUCUUAUCUUUGGCCAAAAAAUGACUUGAAGUCUGCAAUCACCAAAGCUCUGGUUGAACAAGUCACAUAUAGUCCUGCAGCUAUGUGUUCCUUCUUUUUUGGCAUGAACCUUCUUGAAUUAAAGCCAGUUUCGGAAUGUAUUGAGGAGGUCAAAAUUAAGUUCUGGCCAACAUACAAGGUUGCCAUUUGUAUAUGGCCCAUUCUACAGACUAUCAACUUUGGCUUAAUUCCGGAGAGAAAUCGUGUUAUAUAUGUCAGUGUCUGCAGCUUAAUUUGGACAACUUUCCUUGCAUACAUGAAGACACUGCAAGCUAAACAGGAGCAAAAAAAGCUGGUAGAAGUCAGUGAUGUUAAUUCCAAGAUUAUAUCAGAAUAUAAAGUACAAACCAGUGAAAGAAGCAUGCAGGUUCCUCUUCUACGAUAAGAGUUGUAGGAAAUUUUAAAUUAUGUUAAAUUAAUUUAUUUAUACAGAAUCUAUCUAGAACUGAAAAUUAUAUUUUAUCAGAUAAUACAAUUCUGAUAUUUAUGAUAUAGUACAAGAGUAUAAAUUUUGUACUUAGAUAGGUAUGAUUAGUAUGUUAAUGUUAUAAACAAGAAAUGAAAGUAUUUUUAAAUGUU